AUGAGUGGACAUUCAAACCAGAGUCAGUCCGGCGGUGAUUAUGAAUGGCAUUAUGAAUAUUAUGAUGAGGAGGAGCCUGUGUCCUUCGAGGGACUGAGAGCCAACAGAUACUCUAUUGUGAUUGGUUUCUGGAUCGGAUUGGCCGUGUUUGUCAUCUUCAUGUUCUUUGUUCUGACGCUGCUGACCAAAACAGGAGCUCCGCAUCCAGAGAUCCCUGAUCCCAGUGAAAAGCAUCAUGGUCUAGCUGACUGUGUGCUGGAGGGCGGCGGCUCUCAGGCGUUUUCUCUGCCGCCGCUGCCGGACGAAUCACGUUCCCUCUUUCACUUCUACAUCCACGAGGAGGCCGUCAGAGACGCUGUGAUUGGCCGAGGGAGGCUUUGUGGGCGGGGCCCCGGGAUCCGCCUCCAGGGGGCAGCAGAGGACGAGAGAGGAGAUGAAGACGAGCACUUCCUGUCCGGCUUCCACAUUCCAAACUUCGUGAGAUCCGAGCAGAACUCCAAUGAUGACUUCCUGCUGUGUGAGCCGCCAAUCAUCACAGACAGCCAAUCAGCUGCGCUGAGGAGCUCAGAGCCCGCCCACCCUUCCUAUGAUGUCAUCAGACACACAGACUCAUUUCUCACAUGAUUUUUAAUGAGCUGCUGAUUUUCAAGAAAUGCAAAUUGAUAAGAGGAUAUAUAGCUCAUUUUGUUUUUUAAGAAAGGGUUUAAUUAUGCAGUAGAUUACAAUAACAAACAUUUCUACAAGACUUUCACUGUAAGCUAUUUUGAACUCUAAGGUGACUUUAUUUAAUUAGUUCCUUUAGUUUAGUCAUUGUGCGAAAUGAAGAUGGAAAGUUACGUUUUUUUUUUUGUGCAUCUUCAUGACUGUGUGUGUGUUUACAGGUAUUAUUGAGAUAUUAUUAUAGUUUAUAACAAUAGUUUGAAUUAGUGUUCAUUUUUCCAUUUUCAUUUAAAUUUUUGUUUAAGUUUUAAUACUUUUGUGUUGUUUUAAAGGUUUAUAUUUUUUAUUAAUUUGUUUAUUUCGUUUUAGUUAUUUCAA